AGCGAAAUCAAGAAACCCUAAAAACCUCACUCUCUGUUCUCUCUCUCUCUCUCUCGCUCUCUCUGUGCGUCUUCUACCGCCGCUUCAGAGGCCAAAGGGGUCGGGCGCUCUAGCCCCUCGCGUCCAUGGCUCCCGCGUUUUGCGAUGUUCGGUGAUUUGGGUCUGGGUCUCGGCCUGAUUGUGCUUCUUGCGCAUUUAUGGUGCUAAGUAUCAGUCAGGAAAUUAAAGGGGUUUUUAGCUUUAAUUCCCCAACAAUGGUGGUGACUGAAACUGUGGUGAAGAGGCUGAAAAUCAAGAUUGGCACCAAAACAGUUGGAACUCACUGUGAAAGAGAUGCUCAUGAAAAUGAGGGGAAGAUAAUCACAGAUGAUGCACAAGAUCGACACAAUUUUUUGAAUGAGAAAAACAAGCCUGCGAUGAGUAUAAAGCUCAAACUACCUGUACCAGCCAACUCUUAUAAGAGAGGACCUCAAGUAGCACUUGGUGCCGAAAAAGUGAAGAGGCGGAAAAUGGACCGGAGUAUAAAACAGCAGUGUGGAAGCAUUCUUGAAGUGCUAAUGUCUCACAAAGAGGGAUGGCCUUUCCUGCAUCCUGUAGAUCCUGUUGCUUUCAACAUUCCCGAUUAUUUUGAUAUUAUCACUAAACCGAUGGAUCUUGGCACAAUCAAAUCAAAGUUAAAAGACAACGCAUACUUCACUGCAGAGGAGUUUGCUGCUGAUGUGAGGCUGACAUUUGCUAAUUGCAUGAGAUAUAACCCUCCAGUUAAUGCAUUUCAUGUAAUGGCAAAGGAGUUGGAUGGGAUUUUCACUAGAAAAUGGAAAUUGGUGGAGACAAAGUUGAAACGCAAGAGUGGAAGUGCAGAAACAAAUAGCCUAUUGAACCCUAAUGAAAAAGAUUUUCAAGACUCAAAUAUAUCAUGCCAUAGGAAAGACCCUUUGCAUGCCAAUUUGAUAAAAACAAAGAAGUUGGUGCGGAUGGAGGACAAACAAAAGUUGAAGGAGGAGCUUACUGAGUUACUAAGGGGAAAGGUCAUUGAUACUAUGCAGAGCAUCCUUCAAAAGUUUGGGGUGGCUAUGAGGGGAAAAGAAAAUCUGAAGGUUGACAUAGAAACAUUGGACGAUGAAACCUUAUGGGAGUUAAAGAGGGCGUUGAACACAGCAUUGGAUGCCAGGGCUGGAAAGGCUGAAUCUGCAGAAGUGACACAUGUCCUUUCUGGGAAAACUAGCCAAAAAGAUAUUGAGCCUCCUGUGAACUCUGUUGAUUCCAAGCAUGAAUCUUGUGGUAGUAGUCUGCAUAAAUGCUGUGCACAAGGGGUUGGUGGGCAAAAGGAAAUUGAAAGUCCUAGCUCCGACCAUUCAUCAUGUGCCACAGCUACCACUACUGGUUGCACUUCAUUUGGUGAUGCUCAGCUUUCACCAGCAAAGGCCUUACGUGCUGCCAUGCUUAGGAGCCGGUUUGCUGAAAUGAUUUUCAAAGCAAAUCACAAGGAUGAUGUGGUUGAUCCGUUGAAGCUGCAGCAAGAAAAAGAGCGCCUGCAAAAGCAGCAGCUUGCAGAGAAAGCCAGGAUUGAAGAACAAAUUAAAGCUGCUGAAGCAUCUACACGAAUGAAAGCAGAGGUGGAGUUGAAAAUUCAAAGGGAGAAAGAAAGGGAAGCGGCCAGGAUUGCGUUGGAGAAGAUGGAAAGGACGGUUGAUCUUGACGAUAAUUUGAAGAUACUCAAAGAUCUUGAGGGGCUAUGUCAAUGUCCACCCUGUGAUGGUCUGCUUGGCAAUGGGGGUGGAGUGAAUCUUUCUUUAUCGAGAAACACGCUAGAAAGGCUUGGAUUGUACAUAAAGGAUGAAAUUCUGCAAGAAGAUGAAGCAGUUCUGAAUGAAGAAGAUGAAGCAGUUUUGAAUGAAGAUGGUGAAGAGGGGGAGAUUCUCACCUAAAACUACACAUCCCCAUCAUGGUCUCUCUUUUUCGUCAUCUGUCUAUAUGUUGUAUCGUUGUUAUUAUAAUUAUUGAGGGGGGGAAAGAGUAUGCAAGCGGUUAUAAUGUUAUGUUCCCUUGGGGAAGUUGAAUAUUGCUGUGGAUAUUGCUUGCUCAACAAUGGCUAAUGAUGAGAUGGGGCCAAAAUGUGCUGUCAUUAGGGUUAGAAAAAUUUGUAUAUUGAUUUUUUUUGCAAUAUAAGCUUAAUGGCAGAUGCCUUGUGUUAGUAUUUUG